UUCGUCAUCAGAUGACGCUACCAAUGCUGCGGAUUCUACCGCCCCCUUGGGACUUCCGGAUGAUGAUGUCCGCUGGUUCCGCUGGCGGCAACGGUGGCCGCGAACCGCACGACGGCUACACAAGUGACAAGUACGAGUCCAUUAGGAGGCUGGCGAUGCUACCCACGCAGCCACCUCGGAAUCCGAACAAACCGUUCACGUCUUUUAGAAUCAACGACAUCCUUAGUCCUGAAGGCUGCGAGCAAGCGCCGACGACGCCAAGACGGCCGACCCGUCCGUCAAGUACCGCGAGUUCAAGAAUUCGCCACCCGACGCAGAUUUCAGACACUUCAACUAAAAGUAAUCACAAAGUACAAACUAGUAAUGACAAUAACAGAUUACAUGAAAACUUGCAUUCAUUAAGACAUUCGCACAAUAACUACGACCAUAAACAUUUUAACAACCAUAAUAACAAUAAUAAACGAUUUCUACCGCCGACGAGGAUAGUGCGGCCAUGGGACGCUUCGCCGUCGCCGGGUCGACAUUCUGAUGCGUCGUCAUCCGCGGACGAUGAGGAAAUCAACGUUGACGACGACGACGACGAUGACGUUCCGGUGCGUGCCGCUCUGUCGUUGAAGGAUGUUUCACCGCUCGACGCAUUGAUGGAAAUGGCGAAUAAAACUUUUCAAGGUCUAGAAACAUCUGAAGCUGCUGACGCCAAGCGCCGGGAACAAGCGGCACUCUUCGGAAAGCACGCGACGCCAAAAAAGCGGCGAAAGUCACGCACGGCGUUCACGAAUCAGCAGAUUUAUGAACUAGAGAAGCGCUUCCUGUACCAGAAGUACCUGACGCCUGCCGACCGAGACGAGAUCGCGCAGACGCUCGGACUUACAAACGCGCAAGUGAUCACGUGGUUUCAGAACCGGCGCGCCAAGUUGAAACGCGACCUCGAGGAACUUAAAAACGACGUGGUGGCGACCAAACAAUUGUCAGUAAAGUCGGGAUCGUCCGACCAUGAAUUCAGUAUAGACUCGGAUUCCGAGGGCGGCGGGAAGGCUUCGUCGUGUCGCUCCGCGCCGCACUCGUCCCUGAAACGGUAUCGGAGCGAGAGUAAGUCGCCAGAAGCGGAAACGAGCGACGCGACGUACGCGCAUGCGCGUGACUCAGCAAGUGAGCUUUCUGUGGAUAGUUGCAUAAACUCGCCGCGAACUGACGAAAACGAUCGUUGUGAAUCGCCGGAAGAAAUCGUGGUUGACGAUCAUGAGGCCAGUGUAAGAAAUUUGCAUUCGGAGACGUAGUCCAAUGUUCGGACGAAAAAGACAAUGUGCUACUGGAAAAAUUCUUCGGGUCCGCGUGCAAAAAAUGCUUAUUAUUUAGAACUUACAUUAAUAGAUAUGUAGUUUAAGUCGGUGGAUUUUUGAAGUUUUGAAUAUUUUAUUAACAUGCAUGUGAAAAAUGAUACGUUGCCCUCACAUGAUGAAAAGUAUUAUUCAGUGAAUUGAACGCG